CGGCUGGCGGGCGAGGAGGGCGCGGCCGAGGGCGGCUCCGCGGACCACUCGUACUCGCUGUCGUCGGGCACCACGGCCGAGGAGCUGCUGCGCAAGCUGAAUGAGCAGCGGGACAUCAUCGCCCUGCUGCAGGUGAAGAUGAAGGAGAUGAAGGGCAGCAUCCGCCGCCUGCGCCUGGCCGAGGCCCAGCUCCGCGAGGAGAUCCGCGAGAAGGACCGGCUGCUGCACGCCGCCAGCGCCGGGGCCCGCAAGCGGCCCGGCCUCUGAGAGCCCGAGAUCCCCGGCCUGUGGGGUCCUGGCAGCCCGGCCUGCUGCUCCCAGCCCCCACAGCCUGGGCAGGGUCACAUAGGGAUAAACUCAUUGACUGCCAACCUCUUAAUGGGAGCCCUUACCAGGGCGCUGUCCUCUCCCUCCUGGCUGCGCCAGCCCCACCCGCCUGAGCACUGCUGGGUGCCGGAGUGGGGAGGGGACGCUGGCUGCCCACUGCAUUUCCAGCCCCAUGACACUGUGCUUCGAAUAUAGGUGGCAGCCAUUGCCCGCUUGGUGCGAGGGCUCCCAGUGCUGCUGGUUCAGGAGGAGCUGUCCCUGUGU